CGUAACAGUAAAGACCUGUGCGAAAGUUUGUUGCACAACCCGCACACACGAGUUCUCUCAAUCGCUGUGAUUUUAGUAACAUUACCCGUGUGCUCGAGCCUUUUUUUUUAAUGGCAUCUUCUCCUCAGUGUACGAUUUCGUUCGAUGACAAUUACCAUGGCGUGUUCUUUGCUGGACAGACAAUCACUGGUACAGUUGACAUUGAUCUACCCAAGACAAAGAAAGUGAAAGGAGUUUUACUUAGAGUUACCGGUCUGGCAUGUGUCCUGUGGACGGAAACCUAUGGGACGGGUAUAACUGUUGCAUUCCAGGGAAGAGAAGAUUUCCUUAAGCAUACGAUAGAUUUUGUACGCUCUGAAACAGAUGAUCCCAUUGAAAUGGCACCAGGACGUCAGAUUUAUAAAUUUACUUUCCAACUGCCAACCACACUGCCAACGUCUUUCGAAGGCGAUUACGGUUACAUACGUUACACAGCUCGGGUUGUCUUUGAGCGUCCGUGGAAAUUCGAUCUUACUUACAAAAUCGCGUUUACCGUGGUAAAUCAGCUCAACCUCAACACCGUCACGCCACCGUUAAAUGUGGCCGUAGUUCAAGAACACAUAAAACACUUCUACUGCGGACCUUGUCGCUCAGAACCACUAAGCAUCAACGUGAUGCUUCCGAUGACGGGAUACGUACCCGGACAGUUCAUUCUCGUUACGGUCGACAUAUCCAAUCGAAGCAAUAAAUGCAUUGCAGAGGUGAAGCUCAAACUUCGCCGACAAGUACGAUACAGCAGUCAAACGCCGUACAAGCAGGUGCGCACUGUUUACAAUACCUUGGCCAAGUUUCAGUGCAGUGGUGUCGAUGCGAAAGGAUCAGCAGGAUACGAAAGACGAUUUCUAGUGCCACCAGAGCCUCCGACUCGUAGCGAUACAAUCAUUCGUCUCGAGUACUUUGUUGAAGUGACCGCAAAGGUUCCAGGAAUGGCCUACAGUCCCGAAGUACAGAUACCAAUUACAAUCGGAACGGUGCCGCUCGUCAACCUUAACCAAACACAGCACAGAGCAUCCAUCGUUGAGGCACAUAUGACGACUGCCUCUUCCUUAACGCAAAAGAUCUUUCACAGCAGUGUGCCGUCGCUAAUAAUUCCACACACAUUCGAAAAGUCAGCAGGUCGUAGCGAGGUAAACAUUCAAGACGAUGACGAGUCACCAUCGUUAGGAACCGUGCCCUUUUCACCUCGCUACCCUAUGUACCAUUUUGAUACAAAUAAUCAGCCUGCAGUGCACAGUGCAAAGCUGCCAACAAUUCACGCCCAACCUGCAAAAAACUACGGCGGUGAUAAAAUUCCUUCACACGAACAGCCCACCCGAAACAGAUAACAGGUCAAGUGGAUUAACAUUGAUAGUGUAGGGCUCUGCAGGAUGCCGUUUGGGUAAUCUGUGCAAGUGAUUUUUUUAUUAACUUUAUAUAAAUCCCACUACUAACAAACGGUGCUAUCUUCAGUGUGAUGUACGUUAAGAGACACUUGUUCAAUUCUCCAGCUACUGUUCAUUUGACAACACGUGUUAGAUAAGAAAUAAAAAGGGUAAUAAAAGGUUAUAGGUUUGAUUCAAAGAUUCAAGCAUUAGUGUUUCACUGCUACAAUUAUGUGGUUCUAGCGAUUCGAAUUGCAUGGCUCUAGUAUUUCUUACCAGAAAAAAAAAACAAAAUUUUUAAGAGAGUUGUUUCCAACCUGUGACACAUGGCGUAAACAAGCGUGUUCCUCGAAAUACUUGAUUUUUUUCAAAAGAACUGCUUUUGUAUUGUAACAUUUUGUUCAAAUUGUUCCCACAAUCAAAAAUAAACUUUUAAAAGACAUGUAUUAUCUCGAAGAAUUAAACAUAUUCGAUCAAGAGGCUUUACACAAAGUCCACUAAUUAUAUGGUCUUACCAGUGGUCAGUGUUCCUGAAAAUAUUCGAUACUUAUGCUUUAGGGAACGGUGAUGUGUAUUUUUUUGAAGAAAUGGUCGUAUAAUAGUAAAAAUAAAGAACCUAAAGAUUUAGUACAA